AUGUCAGUGAAACGGAAAAAUACACGAAUUAUAACGGGCGUGAAAUCGAUCGGCAUUAAGUCGGUGGAUGAAUAUUUCAAGCAGGCUAUCGUACCGUUAGCCGUAUCAAUUGAAAUGCGUGGCGUGCUUGAAUCUGCACUGGUCAAAUGGCGAAACGAUUGUGGUAUUGGACCAGCUGGUACUAUCAGACAGGGUUUGCGACUUAUGUUAGCACGAACAAAAACUGCUGCAAUGAAUGUAUCGCCUCCGCAUGUAUCUCACAGAUCAGACGAUUCAAACGAAUUAGUGAAUAAUUCGCCAGGUUUUGCAAUAUGCAGCAACGAGAAAACUUACUCGUUACAGUAUCCGAUGAUUGUAACACGUGGUACAUUUCCCGCACAGCUACAGAAAACAUUUGAUUCAAUGUCCGAACUUUUGGAUAUUUGUGCAAAAAUAUUGGUCAAUACUGAACCAUUAUUAGCAAAGUUAGAAAUAGCAACAAAACGUAUCACUGAAUGUAACAGUGAAUUAUCGGAGCUAUGCGUCAAUGCUGGAUUACACGGUGUGAAAGCUACCCGAGCAACAGAAAAUUUUGCAUGGAAUGUUCGACUUUUAAAAACUCAUCUAACAUUAAUGCAUAAAACACAAACUGAAGCUAACAAUAUUGUCGAACAAGUAUUUGAUGUUGGUUGUACGUUGGGAGUGUUAUCUGAAAAAUCCACUGCUGAAAUGUGUGGACAUCGUUUUUCUCGUUCUUCCACCAGUUAA